GAAAAAUAAUUGAAAGGAUUCACAGGUAGUAUAAUAGACGCGAGAGCGUCAGCUCUGCACAUCCAGACCAAAGACAACUAGGAGCGGGGAGACGGAGAGCUUGGAGGUGGAGGGUCUGUGUCACAUUCAGGCAUUUCACGAAGGUGCUCCUCCGCACCUCCUCUGGGAAGUCCAGAAGUGAACAGCCCUCCUUUUCCCACAUUCUCCCUUGCUGGUCUGUGCGACGCCACCAGCUCCAUGGCUCCCUCCCUGGCUACGGCCUUUUCCCGCCGCUGGUGGAUGGCGGUCACAGCGGUGGUGGAGAAUCUGUUGUUCUCCGCCGUACUUCUGGGCUGGGGCUCCCUUCUCAUCAUGCUCAAGUCAGAGGGCUUCUACUCCUACCUCUGCCAGGAACCUGAGCACAACUCAUCCCUGAACCACUCAGAGGAUGCUAGGAACUCACCCCAUGGAUCAGGGCCUGGCGAGGAGCACUUGCGCUUGAAGGGCUGGCUCAUCUGCAAGGAGCAGGAUGAGAUGCUGAACCUGGCCUUCACUGUGGGAUCCUUCCUCUUGAGUGCCAUCACCCUGCCGCUGGGCAUUGUCAUGGACAAGUAUGGCCCCCGCAAGCUGCGUUUGCUUGGCAGUGCCAGCUUUGCCUCUUCAUGCCUCCUGAUUGCCUAUGGAGCCAGCAAUCCCAACAGUCUGUCCGUGCUCAUCUUCAUCGCCCUGGCGCUCAACGGCUUUGGGGGCAUGUGCAUGACCUUCACGUCCCUGACGCUGCCAAACAUGUUUGGAGACCUUCGUUCCACAUUUAUUGCCCUUAUGAUUGGCUCCUACGCCUCCUCAGCUGUCACCUUCCCUGGGAUCAAGGUGAUCUAUGACCAGGGUGUGACAUUCAUCACCAUCCUGCUGGUGUGGGCAGGCUGUGCUGGUCUUGUGUUCAUCAACUGCUUCUUCAAUUGGCCACUGGAGCCUUUCCCUGGGCCUGAGGACAUGGACUACACUGUGAAGAUCAAGUUCAGCUGGCUGGGCUUUGACCACAAGAUCACAGGAAAGCAGUUCUACAGGCAGGUGACCACCGUAGGGCGCCGUCUGAGCGUGGGCAAUUCUAUGAAGCACAACCCCAAAGAGUUGGCCACGCAGGAAGGCAACAAGCUCUGCCUGUCUACUGUGGACUUGGAGGUCAAGUGUAAACAGGAGGAAGAGACCCAGUCCUUCAUGCGCAGUAUCUUCAGCCCCAUCUUCAUGCUCAGCCUGAUCACUAUGUGCGUCACCCAGUUGCGGCUCAUCUUCUACAUGGGCGCCAUGAACAACAUCCUGGAGUCGUUGACGGAUGGGAACCUCGACACAGUGAGCAUGUACUCCUCCAUUUUCGGAGUCCUGCAGCUGCUCUGCCUGUUGACUGCCCCAGUCAUUGGCUACAUCAUGGACUGGAAGCUGAAGGAGUGUGAUGAUGGUCAGCCCAGUGGGAAGGAGGCCAGCAAGGAACCAGGAACCCCCCCACGGCGUGACAGACAGAUCCAGAAAAUCAGCAAUGCCACUCGCGCCUUCAUCUUCACCAACCUGCUUCUGGUGGGCUUUGGAAUCACCUGCUUAGUACCAAACCUCCCUCUUCAGAUUUUAUCAUUCAUUCUGCACACCAUCGUUAGAGGGUUCAUCCACUCAGCUGUUGGUGGGCUGUACGCUGCAGUGUACCCGUCUUCCCAGUUUGGCAGUCUGACAGGAAUGCAGUCUCUCAUCAGUGCUCUGUUCGCCCUGCUGCAGCAGCCACUGUUCAUGGCCAUGAUGGGACCCCUGGAGGGGGAUCCACUCUGGGUGAACGUUGGUUUGCUGGCGCUCAGUGCUCUGGGCUUCUGCCUGCCUCUCUACCUGUUGUGCUUCCGCCGCCAGCUGCAGCGCAGGAAGCAGGAGCGUGAGGAAGACGCCAAGAUCUAUGUGAAGAUCAAUGGCAGUGACAGCAAGCACGAGGCCUUUGUGUAGACACCUCCUCUUAACCCCACCUGGACAUUGAAAAAGACCCACACACAGGCCCACACACACUCUCACAUGCAGUCCCUCUGUCAUAUUUCACAUACUGUGCCACUUUGCACACGUGCGGACUGUGAGAGACAGACGCUGAGACUGGACAUUUAAGCUCACAGGUGCCCAACACUCCCCUGCCAGUUCAGAGACACAUAAACCACAACGUUGUGUUUGUGGCCACUGCCAGAGCAGCACACGGACUGAGGCCAAGCAGGGUGAGUGGAAGAGUGAUAGAGCACACUUUCACUUUUCUUUCUUUUUGUUUUGUUAAUGCUUUUAGCACAUUUUUACAGAGCUGGGACAUGGCUGGCCCACCCACAUGCUGAAAGAGGAGCAGCACUCUUCAAAAUACCAGUUUAAAGACGUUGAUUACAGGUGUAAUGCUCACCCCUCCCAACCCCACGAGAAGUGUCUGGUGAUCAUUAACUAGACAAGUUCUCUCACCAGAGUGAACUGAAAAUAUUUUCUUCCAGUGUUUCACACCACAUUUCAGUGCAGAAGUUGUGACUGUUGCUGCCCCCCACCGGCCUCACAGGGUCCUGCACACAUGGGAUGCUCAUGCCCAAUGCCUCUUUGGUUAGAUGACUUCCCCCUUUCUGGGUUUAUUCCAGUACCUCUGUCUCACUUUUUUAUUGACUUUUUGUAUGGUUGCAGUUUUUUUUGUUUGCAGUUCACAAAUUUGGUUACGCUGAAGAUCAAAAGUAGCUGUAAUGGGGUUUCUACACUCCAAAUGGUGCUAAACAGCAACACCGUGAUGCUAAUGGUGACGGGAGUAUUUGUUGUGCUUUAGGAAGGAUCAGCGACUCAAUCCGCUAAUGGCGGCUGGCUCCUUCUGAUCGCAAGUGGCAUGCAGAACAAUGGGGGCAUUGAGUCCCCGAGCUGCAUGAGAGCCAGGCUGGGCCCCAGAGGCUUGGUGCUUUGGAACCACUCAGAGACCACCAGCUCGCUCUCUCUAGAGUGGGUGUCUGCACUGUCUCUCACUGAUGACUGAAAAUGCCCUGAAACCCCUGGUCAGGCUCACUCUCCCCUCGAACACUCUGGACAUUGUGCCAUUAUUUCAUAUCGCCUUUGGUUCCUUCAUAAGACAGAGCAGAGUUGUGGGGCUGACCUGGCUGUUUGGCCGAGGCAGAGACAGCCUGCUCCAUCUCUGUUUGCAAUAGACCCACAUUGCCCUCCCUCUGUCCUCGCUCCUGCACUCAACGCUCAUGCUCCAUACACGUCUCUCUGAGUGGCUUUGUAACUUAACCAAAGCCAGCGCUUUUGCUCAAGCGGGGAUGCGAGUGGAGGACCACCGGAAACAUUAACUGAGGUUUUACAAGUGGCAGCAGAUGAGAGGUUGAGGAUGGAAAUGAGGGGAGUGUGCCCCUGUUGACUGGAAAGUACUUGUCCAGUUUCACAGCUAAGACUGUGACAAGGCUGGAAUGCUUGUGAAUCAGGUAGAACCAGACUUAGGGUCCAUACCGACCUCACCAGCAAUAACGCACCAGAAAUCCUAGCCGGACCUCAAUGACGCGCUAGAUCCAACGUUCCCCUGGCAUCACUUGUUUUGUAGGCCCAGCAGAUGACCAUUGUCAGAGAUUGUGCUUUAGGCCUGGGCCAUGAUUACAUUUCCAUCAGCAAAUGGCUCACCAUUGCCAACCUCUUGUUUAUGAGGAAACAGCAAUAGGUUCUGCCAGAGCCACUCAGUUGGGUGGUGCAAAGGGUAGCACAUCCAUCCCCAUCCCCAAAUGUGCAGUACCACUGGCUGGCCCCUACAGUUGGCCUCCUUUUUUGCAUCAUUAUUCCUUCUUGUAAUGUGCAUGGAGCUCUGGCCUCUUACGGUGAUUAUUAUUAAGAGCAUUUAUAUGUGAGAAUGGUACUCUUUAAACUUUUUUCUGUCCAGUGAAAAUACAAUAGACUGAAAAGAAAACAGUCAUUCAGGUUGUUAGACACAAGACAAAGAGAGUUAUUGAUUUGAAAUGUGGUUCCUGUGUGGUCUGCACCUGGCAUCAUGUGUUCAUGUUCACUUCUUACAGCACAGCCCUCUCACUAAAUUUUACCCUGUGACUGAGGGAGGCAUGUGUAUCGAGUCCAUAACUCUGCUUAUUCAAAGGUAUACUCUUAUUUUCUUUAACAGUUUGCAUUUAAUAAUCUACAGUGUUUGUGCAUAUGUUGAUGCUAGUAUGUGAUAUGCUUUCACCCCGUUCACUACAAAGGGCAUUUUACACUGGCUCUAACAUUUCACGGUUUUUUUGUGUCUAUGUAGAGCAGUCUGAAGAGGGUGUGUGUUGGGAAAUGACUUUGUUUUACCGGUGGGUAUAAUGUGUACACACCAGGACUCUGCAACCAUCGGUUCUCCUGGAGACAUGGAGAUCAGGCAGAGGGGAAUGAAAUGAGAGAGGGAAAAUAACUGAUUUUUUGUUUAUUGUUUAUUCUUAUUUACUGUCUGACAUAUGUAGUGUGUGUGUAUGGAUCCUUACAAAGAGCAGCAGCUCACAGUGGCCAUUUUUUGAGAGCUGAAAAUAAUGGAAGGUAAUUGUAGAUACCCAGUAACACACAUUACCAUGCCAAGUUUGGACUUCUCCAUGUCUGUGUAUCAGGGUUUGCUGCCAUAGGGUUAUGCAGACUUUGUCUCUCUGCAUUGCUGCUUGGUUGCACAGGGUAACGUUUCGACCCUUCGCAUAAUGUAGCGUGAACCAUCAACUGUCGUCCCAGGGCACCCCUGUGAGCUUUGGAUUUAUUGCUAGAGAGCGUUAAGUGGCACACAAGCACCUUAUUUGCACAUCAGGGUAUAAUGACAGCACAUUUAGUGAAUGGAGAAGAAUAUUCCAAAACAGUCAUGAAAACACACAGAAAGAGAUGUUAGCAUGGCUGUGCAUGUGAAUUUGAAUGUACACUCUCCUUCCUCGUUAGACCUGUUAGUGAUACACCGAGAAUUAAAUUAAACGCAAAUUGUUUGUGAGCUGUGGUCAUUGUUUCUGUUAAUUGUCCUGUGAACUGCCUCUGUCUUCCUCUUCUGACCUGAUGGUAGAGUUUAUCUUGUCCACACUGCCUGCACUCUUACUCAUCUUUAGACUUAUUUGUUGGUCUUAGCAGGAGCUUUUCCUUCCUUCUCUUUGUUUCUCUUACUGAAUGUCACAGCCCUCCAGAAUUUAAUAUAUUUCACCUUGCUCACACAAACAGCCAUGCAGAGAGACUGGUCAGACCGUUCUCUUUUAACAAAAAGGACAUGAGCUGAUCUAGGCUGGCAAAUGCACCUUUUGGGAAAACACUUGAGUGGUCUUUUUAGAACGCCCAUGUCCAGGAAGGGCAACUUUAUAUUUCAAACAUGAAUAGAAAUGUCGAUGAAUUCUGCUAGAGAUGUAGUACUGUACUGUAGCAUAACGAAUGUGAGAUUGCAGGAAUCAUUCCCUCGGAAUGGGAGAAUCAGCACUUUUGCCAUAUCUAACCUUCAUGUAUCCUACUUUCAGCAUCUAUUUUAAUUCAACCUUAAUUGUUUUUUUCUGAGGUGUCACGCUUAAGGAAGCACCAGUUUUUGUACCUGUUUGAUUUUGCUCUGUUAACAGAGGGGUUACAUUUAUCUGUAACAGUUUCUCCUGACAUUGUACACAUAUACAUUGUCUUGAUGGAAAAAUGAAUGCCAGCAUUUUUCUCCAGUUUAUGU